AUGCAAAAUCGCAUUGACCGACUCGAAGGGCUCGUUCUCUCACUGAUGACCAACGGCGCUCAAAGCGCUGGUCCUGCGGCUGCACAGGCAGCUAUCGCGAAUAGCCUCAAUAGUGUCUCUACAGACCCGCAAUUCGACAUGAGCAACGUGAGCAGUGGCAUGAGCAACGGGCAGCCAGAGUCGAUACCAGAGGAGGAUGCAGGCGAGGAAAGUGAAAUGGAGACUGUAACAAAGUCGAUUGGAGUAAUGAAAGUCAACAACAAUCAGACUAUUUUUGCAUCUGAAGCACAUUGGUAUGCCAUUCUCGGCGAGUUAUCGGAAGUCAAGAAUUACUUUGCCGAGCAUAAGAAGCAGUACGAUGACCAGUUGAGGCGAUACAAAGCUAGUCACAGCGAAGAGAGUCCGCCCGGUACUGGUUUCCUGUACGGCCAAAUGAAGCCUACAUCGAGAGCCGAGAUUCUCUCCCGAUUCCCACCAAAACCUACAGCCGAUGUCCUCGUGUCACGCUUUUUCAAUACGUACGACCCGGGCAUCCAUAUCAUACACGGACCGACGUUCCAAAAGGAGUACGACCAACACUGGCUGAACUCGGACGAGACACCCAUCAUCUGGCUGGGAUUGGUAUAUGCCAUGAUGUGUAUAGCGCUACAAUCAUACACAAGGGCGGGCGACGAGCCUCCAGAAUACAGCGGCAAAUCUUGGGCAAUGUCUAAAGAGUACCGUGAUCUGACUGCGCAAUGUCUUGUUAUGGCCGAUAUCACACAACCCACUCAGGGCAUGCUCGAGACUUUAAUACUGCACGUUCAUGCUGAGUAUUCUCGCAGUAGAGACGCGGAGGUGGGAAUCUUCAUCAGCACAGGGAUCAUUGUGCGACUGGCGAUGCGACAAGGCAUGCAUCGAGAUCCGGGGCCUUAUCCUGGCAUUUCUGUAUUCCAGGGCGAAAUGCGGCGAAGGAUCUGGGCUUGCAUCCGAUCGUUCGACCUCCUCUUUUCUGCGCAAGCUGGAUUGCCUCCAAUCAUGCGACCGCGAGAUACUAACACCGAUGUGCCACGCAAUCUUUACGACGAUGAGCUGUUCGAGGACAUGAAGGUUCUACCAUCAUCCAGACCUGAGACUGAAGCAACUCCCACAUUGUUUCUUAUCAAUCGGACGCGACUGAUCUAUAAGCUAGGUGAGGCCGUCGAAUUGACUGAUACCUUAACGUGCUCGUCCUACGAUGAAGUCAUGAAGCUCGAUGCUCAAGCCCGGGAGCUACAUGAGAACAUCUCCCCACAUCUGAGGCUGCGCUCCAUGGAAGAGUCCGCUCGGGAUACAUCGACUCUGAUCAUGCAGCGGUUCACCUUGGACCUCCUUUACCUCAAGAUCAUAUGUGUAUUACAUCGGAAAUACCUUGCCUAUGCUCGAGUUCAUGCAAGGUUCAGCUAUUCUAGAACGGCUGUCAUCGACGCAUCAAUGACGAUGUUGCGACAUCAGGCAACACUGCAUCGAGAGUGUCAACCGGGUGGCCGGUUACGAAACGUCAAGUGGUUCAUCUCUUCACUGACAACAGUUGAUUUCCUACUCGCAGCCAUGAUUAUUUCGUCUGAUCUAUAUCAUACCAUCAAAUCUGAGCGUCAGGGCCGUUCGUCUUCGGGAGAUAUGUACACAUGGAACUUUGACCGUGUGGAUGAGAUGCUUGAGGCCAUUGAGACUGCAGUCGGCAUCUGGGAGGGCUUAAAGGACCACUCAAUGGAGGCUUACAAAGCAUACACCACACUGAGUGUCAUGUUGAGCCAACUGAAGAAGGAUCGUAUAACCAGGCCAGCACAAGGGAGUUUCUCUUCGACAUCUACGUUCCCAACGAACGCGCCGAUGGACGAUGCAAACGUGGCUCCAGAGCACUCUGCGGCUAUGACCUUGGGUAUGCUCAGCACAGGUGGUAUGACGCCGAACUCGGCCAACAUGUUUGAUCAGCGGUAUCCGGCUUCCAUGGCAAACUUGCUAAACGACCCUAUACCACAGCAUUCAACUGGCCUGGCGCCAAGUUACGGUGGAAAUGCAGCAAUUGGACCAGGAGUCGCCGAAAAUGCACCCAAUCCCUUCCCGAAUCUGUUCGGUGCCAACCUCUUCCAAAACCUGGAUCUACCUCCGACUGACAGCAUUAAUUGGGAUGCAUGGGACUCAUACAUUCAAGGCCCCGGCUUAGAUGCCCAAAAUAACUUCUUUCCUAUGGACCUUAGCGGAAUGCCUAUGCAGACAGAGGCGAACGCCCCACAAGAUCCGCCAGUGUCCAACGGUCAGUCACAACAGCAGCGGACCAAUGCUUUUGGGCAGAAUGUCUUCAUGGGCGCUGACCCAAAGACAAGUAACGGCGAAAGCUACGCAAUGGGCUUCAUGAUGAACACUAAGCAGGAGUAG